CCCUCCCAUCCUCCUCGUACCCUCCAUCUGCCCCCCGCCGCGCGCGCGGCCCAGGAGGAGGGCGCGGAAGGGGAAUAAGCGCGCGCCCGAGGACGAGCGAGGGACCGCGAAGGAGGGGUGCCCCCAUCACCCCCCUUCCCCGGCCUCCACCAUCCAAGCCUUCGCCGUGGGUUCGACGACCCUGAGCAAAACUCCUGGUUGGCUGUGUGGCCCAUGGGCCUCUGAGGAGGCGUCGUGAGUCUGCCAAGCUCUCCGUUUGCUGUGCUCCCACUCAAUGGGAAGGGACACAAGGACUUGUCCAGCCAGCGGCCACAGACUCUUAACAGCACCAGGAUGGAAGUCAAAGCUGCCCUGUUUGGAGAGGCUGCCCCCCAGGUAAAGUCAGAGCGUCUACGGGGACUGCUUGACCGGCAGCGAGUCCUGCAGGAGACCCUGACCCUAAAAUUGCAGGAGCUCCGGAAAGUGUGUCUCCAGGAGGCGGAGCUAACUGGCCAGCUUCCCCCUGAGUGUCCCCUGGAACCUGGUGAGCGGCCCCAGUUGGUCCGAAGGAGGCCACCUGCAGCCCGCACCUACCCUCCCUCGCACCCCAACCCAGCACGCCACGCUUUGUGCUCUGCUGAGGAGCUGGCUCUUGAGGCCCUGGAACGCGAGGUGUCAGUGCAGCAGCAGAUUGCAGCCGCUGCCCGCCGCCUGGCCUUGGCCCCCGAGCUGAGUGGGGAGCAGCGCCGGCGCAGGCGCCAGGUCCAGGCAGAUGCACUGCGGAGACUACAUGAGCUGGAGGAGCAGCUCAGGGAUGUCCGGGCCUGCCUUGGCCUCCCCGUGCUCCCGCCACCCCAGCCACUGCCGCUGUCCACGGGGACAGUUAUCACCACCCAGGGAGUUUGCCUGGGCACACGCCUCACUCAACUCAGCCAAGAGGACGUAGUUCUGCACUCAGAGAGCAGCUCCCUCUCAGAGUCUGGGGCCAGCCAUGAUAAUGAGGAGCCCCAUGGGAGCUGUUUCCCUCUGGCUGAGCGCCCUUCUCCACCCAAGGCCUGGGACCAGCUGCGGGCAGUAUCUGGGGGCAGCCCUGAGAGGCGAGCCCCUUGGAAACCACCCCCACCCGAUCUUUACGGGGAUCUGAAGAGCCGGCGGAACUCGGUGGCCAGCCCCACCAGCCCCACACGCUCACUGCCCAGGAGUGCCUCGAGCUUUGAGGGGCGAAGUGUGCCUGCCACCCCUGUCCUCUCCCGGGGCGCUGGCCCCCAGCUCUGCAAACCCGAAGGCCUCCAUUCUCGCCAAUGGUCUGGCAGCCAGGAUUCCCAGAUGGGCUUCCCCCGGGCAGACCCUGCCUCCGACCACGCCUCCCUCUUCGCAGCUCGCACCCGCCGCAGCAACAGCUCCGAGGCCCUGCUCGUGGACCGAGCAGCUGGUGGGGGAGCUAGCUCCCCGCCUGCUCCUCUGCACCCCCCUGCUGCUGGUCCCCCAGUCUGUAAGAGCAGUGAGGUGCUGUACGAGCACCCCCCACCAGUCCCUGCCUUCUCCUCUCGCACGGCUGGCCCCCCAGACCCUCCUCGGGCUGCCAGGCCCAGCUCAGCUGCCCCUGCCUCCCGCGGGGUCCCCCGGCACCCACCUGUAUGUGGAGACUUCCUCUUGGACUAUUCCCUGGAACGGGGCCUUCCCCGAGGUAGUGGUGGGCCAGGCUGGGGGGAUUUGCUAUCUGCAGUUGAGGUCCCAGGAGCCCUUUCCCGCCGGGAUGGGCCCCUUACCAUGCUCCCGGGCUCACCACCUGUGUAUGCAGCUGAUGGCAGCAGCCCCCUCCUCCGCAGCAAGGAUCCCCAGGCCCGUGCUACCCGCACCAAGCCCUGUGGCCUGCCCCUGGAUGCCUCUGAGGGUUCGGAGGGGCAUCCAGCCCCUCUACUGUGGAUGCCCCCACCCACUCGAAACCCCCUGGCUGGUGAGCGCAGCGGCCACAAGAACCUUGCACUGGAGGGGCUGCGGGACUGGUACAUCCGGAACUCGGGUCUGGCUGCGGGGCCUCAGCGCCGGCCUGUGAUCUCCCACAUGGGCUCAUCACACCAACCCUUCCUUCAUGCCCGCUGCUAUGAGGUGGGCCAGGUGCUGUACGGGACCCCCAGCCAGGCACCGCUCCCGCAUUCAAGGAGUUUCACAGCGCCCCCUGUCUCCAGCAGAUACUCUGCGGACUUCCUGUACCCCCCGGAGCUGAGCACCCGUUUAAGUGACCUGACGUUAGAGGGGGAGCAGUCCUCCACUUCUGACUCCCAGACCCCAGGGACACUGGUCUGACCUUCUGCUAGGCCCCUUGCCAACCUGGGCACAGCUGCCUCCUGGGGAGCACACGGCUGACCUCGCUGGGCCCUGAGAGGGCCUAGGGGUGUGGCGCCCUUUCUCCUCUCACACUAUGCUGGGGGCUGAGGGACCCUGGCUAGCUGAAAAGCGGAGGAUGAUGUAAUGGGGCCUCAACGCCCCUCCUCCAUUUGUUUACAGUUGUGAUUUAGGCGUUCAAUGGUUUCCCCCAACACUAGACCUUCUAUAAAAGGGAAACUGAGCUCUUAUCCUGAUUGGCUUCAUUCCUGUCUCCUGGUCCAUUCAGGAACCCCUUUCAUGAAACAUAGAGGGUCUUGGCACUGUUCUGGGCAGCCAGGAGGGUCCGAUGUGAACAAAACUCCCAUCCUCAACACCCCCUGGCAGGCCUUGGAGAGGUGGGCUCUCUACCUACACUUUUGAAGAGUUGAAGUCUGGGUGGGGAGAUUAGGCUCAUUUCUCCACGCCCAGGGGUGGUGCCCAAAGGGUCCCUGUCUGUACCCACUGCCUCUGCCCACAGGGCAAGAUGGCCCAGCCUUUGGUGGUAGCCCUGCCCUGACUAUCUUCAAUCAGGAAGCCCCUGAGGAAGGGGAAGGGCAGAGUAUUCCUAGGGUAUGUUGUAUGUGGUGGUGGUGGGAUACUAGUGGUUCAACCUGGCAUCUGGUAAAUGCUAGUAAAAUCCUCAGGUGACAUCUGGCUACGGGCCAUGUCACACUUUCCCUGGCUUUCCUUCCACCCACUUUUCAAACAAAUCCACACAAGCUGUGUUUUCUAUGACACCUGUCUGACUUUCUGGAGCUGGGGGGGUGUCCCACUACCCCCUUUAUCUGGUGUUAAAACUUUUCUUUUUGUACCAAUGGAUCUGGGCCCAAGACACUACCCACACUGGAAGGGGAUUUCUAUAAUAAAUGUAUAAACUGAA